AUGUCUUCUGGGUUUUCUGUGGCACCACGCAAAGAGGGAACAUGGACUAAACUGGUUAUAUUUGCUGCUAUCUACUGUUUGAUUCUCGAAUCACUUCUGCAAAUGGUUUUGGUGUUAUACCUCUAUGGAAAUGGCAAGGUCGACUCAAAAAUGACUGCUAGUUUGGUGCUAGCACUAGUAUCGUCCAUUCUAUCCAUCCCGUUGAUUUCACUUCAGAGCUUGGUCGCCUGGCAAUACAACAAAAUUGGAGGUUUUGGCCAGCAGAAGACAGUAUUGCAUAAUGUCUGCACUUACGUUCUGAGAAUCGCCCUUAUGAUGUGGCUCGCGACAAGUGUCUCUGGUCUGGUAGUUGCUGCACAGCAGGUGUAUUGUUUGCCCGAAGGGACGCAUGCGACGUUCUGGCGAGUCGGGAUGAGCUGUGCUUUUCAUCGGGCGACAGUCAUUGUUUCAAUUGUGUCAUUGGUCACUGUGUGCACACUCUACUGUGCUAGAGAACUUUGUGAUCGACCAUACGAUGUUUCGAUCAUUGGAAUAUACCGGCGCCCAAUGUUAUUGAAAGAUGGCAGUAUCUUCUCUGGACAUAGCUGGGAUAGCGACGAGACCCUCAGAAACGAGAUCCUAAAUCUGUGUCGCCAACAUGAUGGAAAAGCGGCGGAAGAGCCGUGGAGCGUGGAUCCACUGGCCAACAAAGUGAGAUGUCAUCCCAGUAUUCGACACCCAGCUCCAAUUUGUCUUCGUCCACAACUUCGAGUAAACACGGAUCAAGGCUCUCAAUACGGCGAGAUUGCCUCGGGAACCACCGCAUCUCCAGACGACACCUUCCCUCGUAUCUCUCCAGGAGGCCAAACACUGAGCGAUUUCUUCUUCCCUAUAUCGCGAACUUCUACCGUCCUGACAGCUCAGACGUCCAGCGAGUCACGAAACUUGCUCUCGGAUUUCCCCGUCCCAAAGGUCCCGGCCAUUCCAAAGCAAUACACCAGUCACAAGCGAGGAAAAUCGUCUCUAUCAUCUUUGAAACGCUUCUUCCCCAAAAACCUCCCAUUCUCGCUGCCUUUAUCAUCGGAUCCUCAGAUCCGCGCACUAGCAGAUCCAAACGCCGCGUCCGAUGUCGAAAAGCAAGUCGUCACGCCAUCAAUGAGAGAUAACCCCCCUGAAGCAGUUUCACAAACUCCUGUUUCUACAACCGUGAACCAACCAACCAACACCGUCACCAAAGAGCAACCUUCAAAGCCCGAGGGCCACAAUCGAACAAUGACCAUGAACUCCGCCGAUGCUCCAGAAGUAGUAGUUCAAAAGCCUGAACCAGUGAAAGUCAAACGCUCCCAAACUGCAACAGCCAGCUUCGCCCCAACCCAAAUAUCCAUCCAUCACCCACACCACCCCAACUACGUCCCACUCCCCCCAUCAUCCCGCCCAUACUCCCAAUCAUGUCGAAAAAACUCCUCUCCCCUUCCCUUUCCCACCGACUCAAACACCAACAGGCGCACAAACGCUCGUAAGCUACCAACCAUGCACCAUCCCGUCCGCAGUACCACCUACCAAUUUGAUAAUUCUAUUCCCCGCCAUACACAAAGCCAGUACCAGCCGCAAUACAUCGCUCCUCCAGCUCGGUGGGCAAGCUUCCACACCUUUGAUCCCCGCCAAGCAGGAGCUGCUGUACCGCGUCGCAACGAUGUCGAGGUCAUUUAUCCUAGCACCCGCAGGCCGAGAAGCAGUACCAAUGGUGGGUUGAAUGGGCCAUUGAGCUGUAUCAUGGAGUCGGCUUCUACCCCGCGAGCUUCUGUUGAUGAGUCGAAAAUGAAGGCUGGAACUCCAGAGCCAACGCGGAAUGUCAUUGACCAGAUGACGUACCGGGGUGCUAAUCGCACUAGCUUGAGCUUUUAUUAG